ACAAGCUGUUGAGUAUGAAGGACAGUAACAGAGUUAGCAGCCAAUGCGAAAGUUUGCACAACAGGUUUGUUGUCAACGUGCAAGAUCCAACUGCAGGUGGAGCAGUGGAUGCUGAAGGAUUAUGGAAAGUGGAUGACAAGUGCGUUCGUCAAAUUUCAAAAAGGAUUUUUCUUAACGAUUUGGUUCUCGGCAUCUCUCCUUUCGUUGAUCAAUAUGAAGAACAGUUUGAAUCUUGGGAUACAUCUCUGCAGAUAUCGGAGUUUACGAAUGAUUCACCAAAUUCUAUGAUAUUUGAUUAUUGCAGUUUUGAGGAAGGCGAAAGGUUGUCGAACCAUUAUACUGUAGAAGUCGAUACCAUGCUUCAGGUUAUCACCGACUUGACAAAGAAAGGUGAGAAGAGCUCACUUGCAGCUAUCAAUAUUAUUACUGAAGUAUGGUUGAAAGCAUUGGCAAGAAAGGCUAUCGGAGAAAAGGAGCUGAAAAAGUACUCCUCUCCAUCAAGCAAUGGGAAGUGCGAUGUCCUCAAAGUGAUACCUGAAAUGAUACCUCAAGAAGGGUACUCACAAAUGCUACGGCGGGAGAGAAACGUUCGAUUUCUUUCGGCAAGCGGACCUUCCUUUGUUCCCGACAAGCUAGCAGUCAGUUGGAGAAGAGCGGCAUUUGGAUUGAUUUUUGAUGAUGAUUUGGUAUCAUCGAUACGACACAAGCUGAUGGAUUUUGCUCAAAAGCUUGACAACAUAGUUUCUCUGGCUAUCACUAACAUGGAAAAUGAGGAGGAAUCUGAGAGUAGGCAAACGGAUUACUAUUCGACGCAGAAUAAUAGAGCAUUUUGGAAUAACCUUUCCGAAUGGAACAGAUUCCAACACACAGCAGAUCUGCUUAACCCAACUGUUUGUAAAGCUUUCAAAAUUUUGUCCAAAGACGUCAUUUCUGUCAGCAAGUCUUCUGUCUUGGCGUCUUUCUCUUCCCCAUUUGAAGUGCUCUACACGGCUGCUUACCUUGCUUUGUGUCUAAUGGACAACGGAAUGAACAAAGCUGCUGAAAUGCUGGCAAGAAGUUGCAUAAUGGAAACUUUUAAUCCAUCUACUACUCAUGACGAAAAAGAUCGUGACCCAGACAAAGAACAGGGUUGGCAAUCGGGACAGGAUUUGUUUUCUACAGUUGUUCAAUGCCAUGAUAAAAUAGCGGAGUCAUUUUGGGGCGGAAGUUGUACAACUGGUUUGAUAUAUGUGAUGAACGUUCUUUUUAAUGUUCUUGAAACAAGUUCGUGGUCUUGGUCUAUAAAGUAUACAUGGAAUGUGGCACCUUGUAUGUCAUUUGCUACAGGUCUACUGAGCAAGGGAGUAGAUUCUACAGUGAACGUAGUAGCACCAACAGCUAUGAUUCUGGGAUUGCUAUGCGUUGUGUUGCCAAUAGACAUUGGAAGCAUUUUAUCAGUUGAACAAGCUGCAAUUGCUAGGGAAAAGAACAGAAUUUUAUCAAUAAUGUUUCAACGCAUGAGUGAAACGAAUCAUGAUUUUCUACAGCAAAUCAGUCUAUUGGCUCCGCUCCUGGAACAGAAUGUCGUACAUCUUCACGCACCUUCUACUGCACUGAUGUUGCUUCACAGUGCAAUCUUGUUAAAUUCUGAGGUUGAAGUUAGCAGUAACGAGCAGCAAAGACGAUUGCUGUUUGCCAUAGUCGCAGCCCUUAGACAGCAGACGGUAGUCCUAGCUAACCUCUUGACUGGAACAUCUUCCGUUGAUUUCAGCUGUUAUGAAACACAGUGUGCUGCAUCUACGCUUAUGGCUUUGGAAACUUAUAUACAUUCUGAGAGAGACUGUAACCUUGUAUUUGGCUGUAUCACAGAUCCGAUAUUGCGACUAUUACAAGAAGAGAAUUCGACGAAGGCCAUCUAUGACAAGAAUACAACUACACGAAAGAGCAACAAACAAUUCCAGACAAACCCAAAAAUUGCGUUGAAUGAAAGUCUGCUCAACUUUUAUUUCACAGACGGAAUUAGAAUCGCAAGUGUUUUAUGUGGCAGCAAUUUCCCUCACUUCGAACUUUCACGUACCUAUGGCAUUAGUCGAAUAGAUGAGCGACUUUUGGUGUUAAAUUCACCUAUUGUGGAGCUAAUGCAAAAUUCAGAUUUCACAUCAAGACAACAGAAAUCAAAGUCUGUAUUACCGUUUGUAGUGAUUCGCGUAUUGAAGAAAGAGGAACAAGGAGAAUCUACGCUAAAGUGGCAAACUGCAGCAGAUCUCUUGUUAUUUUUUCUGCGUGUAGAUUUGUUCUCUAAAGAAGAGAAAACAAUCAGAAACUCUCUACUCACGCUGUUGCAAACUGCUUGUCAAAGAGUUGGAGCAAUUUCGGUGAUGGAGAAACUUCAUCUUGCAAAAGACUGGAAUAAUAUUAUUACAGCUGAAGAACUAUUCACUUUGUUCUUGUCACAAAAAGAAUUUCAGAAAUCUUUCAUAUCUCAAAAAGAAGGAUAUGCUUCUGCGAUUGCUCCCUUCAAAGAUAUACUCAUCAGCUCCGCUGCUGUUCUCCCUGUGCACUGCAGCGUUGAGUUGUACAAAACAGCUUGUGAUUUAGAAAUAGUGGAAGAUGUCGUAGUUGCUGUAAUGGCAAAUGCUGCUAACUUGCAGCAGAAACUUUCCCACGAGUUUGUCUUUCUUUUGGCUCAACAUGACACUAAAAAGGUUACACUAACACAGCGAAUGCAAGUGGGUAUAGCAGCACUACAAAAUUGGCAGCAGCAUUUCAGCACAUCAGAGACUUCUCUCAACCUGAGCAACGUCUAUAUGAAACGCUGUCUAUUCUCAAAUCUUGAUGACAGCAUGAUAUUAGGAUUCUUGCGUCUGGCGUCUUUAUCAGUACGCGUUGAUGAAGAAGCGUUAGUUUCACAUGAUACACGUUUACUGGCAACGGCUUGUAAUAAAAUGAAAGCAGUUAAUGAAUUCCUUUCUGUGCUAUCGCAAGAUUGGAUUGACCCAGUGAUAGCAGCUAUUGUUCUUGUUGAGAUGUGUCGCACACUGCAAAAUUCUAUUGAAGAAAAAGUACAUGUACCAGAAGACUUCUCAAUUUUAUCCAAUUUACAGCAGGUUUUUUGUGCUCACAACAAAUUUAUGAGCAGUUCCAAUGCUGCAAAGGUGUUGUGCAAACUCUCUACUGCAAGCCAUGUUGCCAAAGAACUUGCUCAAAAAUCAAAGACUUCAAUUGCCACUUUUUUAGUUUACUGCAAACAACUUGCUACUAAAUCUAGGAAGAAAGCCAAAUCCAAGAGGACACUUGAUCAAGAACCUCACAUUUGUGAUCUCAUUUGUCUCCAGUUUCUCUGUCAAGUUUGUCCAGACGAUGGAUUCGAAUUUGAAACUCUAAUAAAUCUUGAAAAUGAAAGUCAAUCUCGAAGGCGUAACUACCAGCAUCCCGAUCCCGGGUACAAAUACCAAAAAGUUGUGAAGCAAUUUAAACAGCUAAAGAACCCUGAAACUGCCGAUAGCAGCACAACCACAAACGCGACAUCUAAUUCCGAGGCUGUAAAUGUCAAUUCUUGGCAGUUGCUCGCUUUUCAGAAUGUACCGCCAAAGUCACAGAGAUAUUCUGAAUCUUAUGGAUCUGACGAUUCUGACUAAGAUCGUGUGUUAAGAUAUGUGGAUUUCUAUAGUUUGAAUUGAUGUUUUAUAUUAUUGUCUCUGCGUACAUCUUGUUAUGUUAGAUAUAAAUUUAACAUAGCGUAUCCGUUAAUCGGCUCGGCUAUCUCAUAUGCUAUAAUACGUGUAAUAGCCUAUAC